CCGGUGCACCAUAGGUCUGUUCGGAGGCCGCUUCCUGCGUGUUUUUCUCCGACCUGAGCAGUGCUAGUGUGAUUGUUCCUAGGGACCCCAUGGCCGAGGGGGACGUAGGGAUCGACCAGAGGCAGAAUGAGGAAAUUGAAGCAAUGGCAGCCAUUUAUGGCGAGGAGUGGUGUGUCAUUGACGAUUCUGCCAAAAUAUUUUGUAUUAGAAUCAGCGAUAACAUAGAUGAUCCCAAAUGGACAGUUUGCUUGCAGGUGAAUUUACCGAGUGAGUACCCAGGUACAGCACCGCCCGUUUAUCAGCUGAAUGCUCCUUGGCUGAAAGGGCAAGAACGUGCAGACUUGUCAAACAGCCUUGAGGAAAUAUAUAUGCAGAAUAUUGGUGAAAGUAUUCUUUACCUGUGGGUGGAGAAAAUAAGAGAUGUUCUGAUACAGAAGGCCCAGACGGCAGAGCCAGGCCCAGAUGUAAAGAAAAAAACUGAAGAGAAAAAUGUUCGAUGUGAAAAUAACCUCAUUGUACAGUAUCAGCGAGAAAAUGCAGUUCAAACAUUAAACUUGAACAUCAGUGAACAUGUACCAGAAAUAGAAGAAUUGCCUCCAGUUGAUCAUGGCGUUCCUAUUACAGACCGAAGGAGCACUUUUCAGGCACAUGUGGCCCCCGUAGUCUGUCCUCAGCAGGUGAAAAUGGUUCUUGCCAAGUUGUAUGAAAAUAAGAAAAUAGCCAGUGCCACCCACAAUAUCUAUGCCUAUAGGAUAUACUGUGAGGACAAGCAGACCUUCUUACAGGACUGUGAGGAUGAUGGAGAAACAGCUGCUGGGGGCCGUCUUCUUCAUCUCAUGGAGAUUUUGAAUGUAAAGAAUGUCAUGGUGGUGGUAUCCCGUUGGUAUGGAGGAAUUCUGCUAGGACCUGAUCGUUUCAAACACAUCAACAACUGUGCCAGGAAUAUACUGGUAGAGAAGAACUUCACAAGUUCAGCUGAGGAGUCCUCUAAGAGUUUGGGAAAGAAGAAAGUAAAGAAAGACAAGAAGAGGAGUGAGCAUUAAUACUUGAAACUGUAUAAAAUGUUAGUUUUCGAGUCAUAUGUACACAUUCCACAGUGGUUAAUGAACACGCAAAGCUGACACACAUGAUAGCUCGAGUCAGCCACCAUCAUGGACACCAGCAUACUACGUUUCCUUCUUUGGUUCUAUCAUUUGCCGGAAAUAGAGAAUUUAGGAUCUAUUCCCAUGUGUGUCAGGCUUGUGCAGAAGAACUGACACAAGCUUAAUUACCACUUCCUAUAACUCGGAGGUGUACCUGAGCUGACUGUCCACUUCAGUGUCAGGUGCCUUCGUUUGGUGGGGAGACGUGUCUUCAGAUGACCAUUAAUGCCUGGUUUCUUGUGGUAGAAAUCGCCAUACUGUUGCGUAAACAUGCUUUAGUGCUCCCUGUAGCUUAUUAGAGUGGGAGCUCCUUGAUGACUGACAUCUUGGAGAGUCUUUUCCUUGUGAUUUCACAAGCUUGUCAUGUUUCAUUUUGUAGUGUUUAUCAUGGAGUAAUAGAUUAAGUAAAAAUCCA